AUGGAUUUGCCAAUUAACUACAUUGUGAUUUAUACAGGUCUCCCUGCUGUGAUUAAAGGCAACCCAUCAACAAUUAUUGAGUUAGUGAGACCACUACUUGAAAAAGGUGACUUGAAUACAAUUAUUGAUCCAAGACUCAAAGGAAAAUUUGAUGUAAAUUUAGGAUGGAAAGUUUUAGGAUUAGCAAUUUCAUGCACUGCAUCAACCUCAAUUCAAAGACCAACAAUGAGUGUUGUGUUAACUGAGUUGAAACAAUGUGUUAAUUUGGAGUCUACUAGUACUAGUGAAAGGGACAUAUUUGUGCCACCAAGACAUAUCUAUAGUGCUCUCAUUGAUCCUGACACAAAACAGUGGAACCGACAGUUAGUGGUUCAAACUUUCUACCCUGAUGAAGCCAAGCAAAUUCUUAGUAUCCCAAUUUCACAAAGGCUUCCGGCUGAUAAAAUAAUUUGGCAUUAUGAAAGAGAUGGUGAAUUCUUUGUGAGAUCGGCACACCACUUGUUGAAACAACAUAAUUCUAGAGAUGUUGCAGCAUCUUCUGGCCAACAAAUGAACAAUCUCUGGAGAGAAAUAUGGAAAGCCCCUGUUCCUAAUAGAGUGAGAAACUUUCUGUGGAGGCUUGGAAAGAACAUUCUCCCCACCCGUGCAAAUUUAGUAAGAAAAGGUGUUCAAAUUGAAAACCUUUGUCCUCAAUGUCACAGCGCACCCGAAACAAUUGAUCACCUCUUCCUUCACUGUCAUUUGACACAACUCACAUGGUUUGCCUCUCAAUUGGGUGCUCGUGUCCCUCAAUCUAUGCCCGUCCAUAUAUGGUUACUGCAGGGUCUGACCUGUGAUGAUACAAGGGGUGCACAAUUAUUCUGUGUGUUAAUGUGGAAAAUUUGGAAUGCAAGAAACAAUUUGGUUUUUAAUAAUAAACUUGUGGAUCCAAUUGCUAUAGCACAUGAGGCUAUGUAUUUUAUGCAGGAAUUGUCUCCCUCUCCCCAUGAAAACAAUGCUACUCUUAUGCAAGAUGCUGUUUUGGCUGCACAGCCAAUGCCUUCUGCCCCACAUGUAUUUUAUGUUGAUGGUGGCUGUUUUUCAGGUAAUGCAACUGGAUGGGGAAUGGUUAUUUAUAACCAAUCAGGCCAUGUUGUUCUCUCAGCCUGCAGGAAAGAAUUAAUUGAUGUUGAGCCUGUCUUGGCCGAGGCAAUUGGUGUGAGAUGGUGUCUUCAAAAAGCUAUUGAAUUAAAUAUGACAGACAUUGUUAUUGUAUCUGAUGCUGCCACUGUAGUAAGUUGUAUUAACUCAAACAAGCCUGUUGCUGUGAUAGAUUUAGUGAUUCAAGAUUGUAAUUUACUUAUUGAACAAUUAGAUAGUGUAGUUGUGACACAUGUUAGGCGUCACCUAAAUGUUGUUGCUCAUUGA